AAAGGCAACCAAUUCUUUCAUUUCCUUCGCCGUUCAUCCCAAACCCUCGGACUGAUUCUCCGCAUCUUCCAGAGCUCUCUCCACCGCCUCACUGAUCAAUAGAUCGCCGGAAUCAUGUAUAGAACCGCGGCUUCUCGCGCCAGAGCCCUCAAGGGCCGGGCCAGCAAUGGGGCAUUGGCCAGAUUUGCAAGUUCGACUGCUGUUGCAACGAAUUCAUCCUCUGGUGGCCUAUUUAGCUGGUUAACUGGUGAACGGUCUAGUUCCCUCCCUCCUCUAGACUUUCCACUAAAAGGUGUUACUCUGCCACCUCCAUUACCAGAUCAUGUUGAACCUGGGAGUACCAAAAUUACAACCUUGCCAAAUGGUCUUAAAAUAGCAUCAGAAACAUCAGCGAGCCCGGCUGCCUCAGUUGGAUUAUAUGUUGACAGUGGAUCAAUCUAUGAAACACCAGCAUCAUUUGGGGCCUCACAUCUCUUGGAACGAAUGGCUUUCAAAAGCACAUUGAAUCGCAGCCACUUGCGUGUUGUCCGAGAAGUUGAAGCUAUUGGUGGUAGUGUUCAAGCCGCUGCCUCAAGAGAACAAAUGACUUAUACUUAUGAUGCUUUGAAAACAUAUGCUCCUCAAAUGGUGGAGCUGCUUGUAGAUGCUGUGAGGAAUCCUGCCUUUUUGGAUUGGGAAGUUAAAGAACAGCUCGAGAAGAUGAAAGUUGAGAUUGCUGACUUCUCUAAGAACCCACAGGCCUUACUUUUGGAGGCAAUUCACUCUGCAGGUUAUGCUGGCCCCUUUGCAAAUCCUCUGUUGGCAAGUGAAGCCUCACUUAGCAAAUUGGAUGGCACAGCUUUGGAGGAGUUUGUUGCUGAGAAUUACACAGCUUCUCGCAUGGUCCUUGCUGCAUCAGGUGUAGAACAUGAGGAACUGUUGAAGAUUGCAGAACCACUGCUCUCUGACUUACCUAAUGUUCUUCGUGCUGAGGAACCUAAGCCCAUAUAUGUGGGGGGUGAUUACCGUUGUCAAGCUGAACAAGGGGUAACUCAUUUUGCCCUUGCUUUUGAACUUCCUGGUGGCUGGCAUAAGGAAAAGGAUGCAAUGACUUUGACUGUGCUUCAGAUGCUUAUGGGAGGGGGUGGUUCUUUCUCUGCUGGUGGUCCUGGAAAGGGGAUGUAUUCAAGGCUAUAUCUUCGUGUAUUGAAUGAGUACCCGCAAGUCCAUGCAUUCUCUGCAAUCAGCAGCAUUUACAAUAGUACUGGUUUAUUUGGAAUUCAAGCAACUACUUCUUCCGAUUUUUCAUCAAAAGCUGUUGAUAUCGCAGUUAAAGAGCUCACUGCCAUUGCAAGUCCGGGUGAAGUUGACCAACGGCAGCUUGAUCGUGCUAAACAAGCAACAAAAUCCGCCAUUUUAAUGAACUUAGAGUCCAGGAUGGUUGCAUCAGAAGACAUAGGCAGACAAAUUUUGACAUACGGGGAAAGGAAACCUGUGGAGCAUUUCUUGAAAGCCAUAGAAGAAGUUUCGGCAAAGGAUAUUGCUUCAAUUGCACAAAAACUUAUAUCAUCUCCUCUUACCAUGGCAUCCUAUGGAGACGUUCUUUAUCUUCCAAGUUAUGACACUGUCAGCAGCCGGUUCCAGUCCAAAUAAUUUUCUUUUUCAGCUGCAGCCAGUUCCAGUCCGAAUAAUUUUUUCAGUGGGAAAGUCACAAGUUGACAACCUUUUUUUGGACAUUUGAAGGUUUUUGAGCUACCUUUUGGCCAUAUUUAUGGAAAAAAUAAGUACACUCUUAAACUAUAGAUGAAUCUUAGUUUGCUAGAUACAGUCGAGGCAAUUUGAUACACACAGAUUCUCCACUGUAUCAUGUAUGAUUCUUGUAAUUGUUUCCUCAGCUGUUCAUUCUUGUUUCGUUGUGAAACUUAAUUGGAAUAUUUUGGGAUUCAGGCCUAAGGAAAGACCCAGAGUAGUUGACAAAGCUCAUGAUUCUCAGGUUUUUGGACAAUUACUAUUCCCAGUUUGGGUAACAAUAAAUUGAGUGUUUGGGUUUUGCCAA